CGAAAGCAAACAAUUGUUGGGUUGCCUUUGGUGUCCAUGAACUUAUGUUAUAACUUUUAUUCCGCUCGCGCUGAUCUUUAAGAGGUUUCAGAUGAAAUAUAUAUAUCAUAUCCGUGAACAAUGACUAUAUAAAUUCAUUCACGCCGUAGGAAAUGCAAAAAUACCGUAUCCUCGGCAAGAAAGGGGAAGGAACCUUCUCAGAGGUUCUGAAAGUUCAGGAUAUUCGAGAUGGUACUUACUAUGCUUGCAAGAAGAUGAAACAGCGCUAUGAAAGCAUUGAUCAAGUGAACAAUUUGAGAGAGAUUCAAGCUAUGAGACGCUUGAGUCCCCAUGGAAAUGUGGUUGAAUUGAAGGAGAUUAUCUUUGACAAGAAGAAUGGAACUUUAGCCUUGAUCUGUGAGCUAAUGGAUAUGAACCUGUAUGAAAUGAUAAGAGGACGGCGACACUACUUGCCAGAAGCAAAGGUUAAAAACUAUAUGUACCAGCUUUGUAAGGCCAUUGAUCACAUGCACAGAAAUGGAAUAUUUCAUAGAGAUGUUAAGCCAGAAAAUAUUUUGGUUAAGGAUGAUGUUGUAAAAUUAGCUGACUUUGGAUCAUGUCGAAGUGUUUACUCAAAACAGCCUUACACAGAAUACAUAUCAACUAGAUGGUAUCGUGCCCCUGAAUGUUUAUUGACAGAUGGUUACUAUACCCAUAAGAUGGACAUGUGGAGUGUUGGUUGUGUGUUCUUUGAAGUUCUAAGCUUACAUCCUCUGUUUCCUGGUUCUAAUGAAGUUGAUCAGAUUGCCAGAAUUCAUUCUGUCCUUGGAACACCAUCACCUAACAUACUAAAAAAGUUACAAAAUAAAUCACGCAGCAUGAAUUUCAACUUUCCACCCAAAACAGGAAGUGGCAUCAGUACGUUGCUUCCACAUGAUCACGUGUCUCAGGAUUGCAUUGAGCUCAUUGAACUCAUGUGUGCUUAUGAUCCUGAUGAUAGAAUAUCAGCCAAACAAGCUCUGAGGCAUCCUUACUUCAAACAACUCAGGGAGUUAGACAAAAGGCAAGUUGCCGCCAACACAAGGUAUUCAUCGCCAUCUGAGGCUUCAGUUAUAACCAAACCACAUCGAAUGGUGAAAAAGAAGAGAAAGCAUGUGAGAGGUCAUGCACGUUCACCAACUGAGUUACAGUCUAUUCUUCCAAAAGACGAUGGUUUUGGCCUAACAGGAGGAAUAGUUACCCAUCAACAGCCGUCAUUACCAUCUUUAGGUGUAGGCUUCAAGACCAAUACAUAUGGCACAACUUUACCCAAGAUACCAGUUGCAACUACCACACAUACAACAACUUUCCCAACAUCAUUUCCUUCAAUUAUCCAUCAAGAAAAAAAUAAAGUCAAGAAUCAAACAAGCCAGAAGUUUGGACAUUACACAUUACCAGCAAUUGAUAACUCAAAACGAAGUGGUGCUCAUGGCUUUUGAAGGAACAUUUGGUUUCGGCAGAGAGAUUACAAAGUCUGAGAACUAUUAUGGGUUGUGCACAUGUAUGACGGUAUUGUAAAUAAUGAAGGCUUGCCUACUAGCGUCAGUUUUUUUGCAUCUUGGCCUUGCUAAAGCAAGGCUGGUGUCUCUCAGAGAUCAUCAAGGAGCCUUAAAGGAGGAUGUGCAUUCCUUUUCCUUUUUUCUAAAGAAUCAAACUGCUCUUUUCAAAAAUGUCAAUGAAAACCCCGUCAAAAGGAAAUCAACUUAAUCAAGGUUUAAACAACAAGAGGACUCUAUCCUAUUACAGAACUUAUUUUUAAUUAUUUGUGAUAUUGAAGACAGGUCCUUAGUUUCCUGCCAUCUUUAUGAACAUCUACAUAUAUGUACUUGUUCAAUGUUAUCUUGUUAUUUAAGAUAUUUUAGUUAGACAAAGAAAUGCAAGGUAUCCUAUAAAUAAUGUACAGAAAAUAUUUUUAUGAACAAGAAAGUAUUUUUUACAAGUUCAAACAUUGUUACAUGUAGGUUAUGAUUUUAAGUAGAAUUUGAUUUUGGAAAAAAAAUAAUUUAGCUGCCAGCCCAACAGCUUUGAUUUCACAUUUAUAAAAAUGUGGAGGAUACCUGAGAUUCUGUUUUUUAAAAAGUUGAUAUAUUUCCACAAUAUACAUUGUCAGCCAUGUCUAGAAAGUCUGCCCUUUUUAAUUCAUCUG